CGGCUGCGAGCGGUCGGGCUGCCUCGGCGUCCCCCGAGCCGCGCCGAGCGCGGCGCCCCCAGGAGCCCCGUCCCCGCGCCCUCGCGGCCCGGUCCCCGGUCGCCCGCCAUGUCCACCCUGCUGGACAUCAAGAGCAGUGUGCUCAGGCAGGUGCAGGUGUGCCCGUCCUUCCGCCGGAGGACCGAGGAGGAGCCGGGGAGCACCAGCGCCGACCCUCAGGAGCCCCCCACAGGGGCCUGGAAACCUGGGGAUGGCGUGGAGUUCUUCUCCCAGAUGCGCCGCAUCCUGAAGAAGGGGGAAGGCAGACAGGGCCUGCCGUGCCCCGAGGUCCUCUUGCGCAGCGGCUCACCAGCCCCCGCUGAGCCCGUGGAUCCCAACCGUGGCCUGAGAGCCCUGACCCAGGAGGAGGUGGAGAUGCUCUAUGAGGAAGCCCUGUACACGGUCCUUCACCGCGCAGGAACCAUGGGCCCUGAGCAGGUGAACGACCAGGAGGCCCUACUGAGCUACCUUCAGCAGGUGUUCAGCACCAGCCCCGAAGAGCAUGCUGAGGCCGUUGAGCGCGUGAAGAAGGCCAAGGCCCCUACGUACGCCCUGAAAGUUUCCGUCAUGCGUGCCAAGAACCUGCUGGCCAAAGACCCCAAUGGCUUCAGUGACCCAUACUGCAUGCUGGGCAUCCUGCCGGCCUCGGGCACCCCGCGGGAGCCAGGCUCGCAUAAGGAGCAGCGCUUCAGCUUCCGCAAGGGCAGCAAGCGUGGCGGCCCACUGCCAGCCAAGUGCAUCCAGGUCACCGAAGUCAAGAGCAGCACCCUGAACCCUGUCUGGAAGGAGCACUUCCUCUUUGAGAUCGAGGAUGUCAGCACGGACCAGCUCCACCUGGACAUCUGGGACCAUGAUGAUGACGUGUCCCUGGUGGAAGCGUGCAGGAAGCUGAAUGAAGUCAUUGGCCUGAAGGGCAUGAGCAGGUAUUUCAAACAGAUUGUCAAGUCGGCCCGUGCAAAUGGGACAGCAGGGCCCACGGAGGACCAUACCGAUGACUUCCUUGGGUGCCUCAACAUACCCAUCAGGGAGGUGCCUGUGGCUGGCGAGGACCGCUGGUUCAAGCUGGAACCGCGCUCCAGUGCCUCCCGCGUGCAGGGCGACUGCCAGCUGGUCCUCAAGCUCAUCACCACGCAGAGGGACACAGCCAUGAGCCAGCGCGGGCGGUCAGGCUUCCUGUCCUACCUGCUGCUGCUCAGCCGUCUGCUGCAGUUCGAGCACCGAACUGACGAGCCCAACUCGAGCAGCUGGCGCGGCGAGCUCAGCGGACCUGCGGCCACCGUGCUGUGCCUGCACGGCGCGCAGAGCAACCUGUCGGCCCUGCAGCUGGCGGUGCUGCACUGGCAGGUCAGCAGCCGCCACCAUCAGACCCGGACCCUGGACUACGGCUACCUGCUGGGGCUGCUGGAGGACAUGCAGGCGCACUGGGAGGAGUCGGCCUCGCUGCCCCAGGAGCAGGAAGAGAGCCUGGCCGACAGCUUCUCCGCCUUCUCUGAGUUUGGGCUGCGGCUGCUGCGCCAGCUCCGAGACUACUUCCCUGCCACCAACAGCACGGCUGUCUACCGCCUGGAGCUGCUGCUGAAGUGUCUUGGCAAGCUGCAGCUCUUCCAGCCUGCCUUUGAGAUCUGCCCGUUCGAGACGGAGCUCAACAUGGACAUCGCUGCUGCCCUGAAGAGAGGCAACCGGGAAUGGUACGACAGGCUCCUGAACAGCAAGAGUCCUCGCGAGCAGCCGGGGCCACAGCGCCUUGUGGGGCUGGUCGAGCUGGCUGACGCCGUCUACGAGGACCUGCAGUCCUGCUACGGCAUCUAUGCCAGCCUCUUCCACAGCAUUGUCAAGGUCGACUUCUUCACCCUCACCUUCCGGCAGCUGGAGCGCCUGGUGGCCGAGGAGGCGUGGGUGUUGACGGAGGAGCUGAGUACCAAGAUGACCCUGGAGGUGGCCUCAGGGCUCUUCGAGCUCUACCUGACCUUGGCAGACAUCCAGUGCUUCUGGAGCAGCAUCCCGGGACGGGACAGCCGCUCCCUGGCGCUGGCUGGCAUCCACGCCCCAUUCCUGCCCGCUGUGAAGCUUUGGCUGCAGGUGCUGCGGGACCAGACCAAGUGGAGGCUUCAGGGAGCCGUGGACGUGGACACAUUGGAGCCCAUGGAUGCCUCCUCCAAGCACAGCAGCUCCGCAGCCACUGCAAGCCUCUGCUUCAGCCACAUCCAAGAGCUGUGGGCCCGCCUCGCGUGGCCGGACCCUUCCCAGGCCCAGGGGCUGGGCACCCAGCUCGGCCAGGACUUGUGUGAGGCUGCCCUCUUCUACACCCAGCUGCUGCGGAAGAAGGUGGACGCUCAGCCCGGGGCUGCAGGCGAGGCAGUGAGCGAGCCGCUCUGUGUGGUCCUCAACAACGUGGAACUCCUGCGCAAGGCUGCCAGGCAGGCGCUGCGGGGUCUGGCGUGGCCAGAGGGGGCCGCAGGCCUCGAGGGGGUGCUCCCACGCCCCCUGCUCAGCUGCACGCAGGCCCUGGACGAGGACCUGCAGCAGGAGGCCCACACUGUGACGGCGCACCUGACCUCCAAGAUGGUGGGUGACAUCAGGAAGUACGUGCAGCACAUCAGCCUCUCGCCCGACUCCAUCCAGAACGACGAGGCCGUGGCCCCGCUCAUGAAGUACCUGGACGAGAAGCUGGCCCUGCUGAACGCUUCGCUGGUGAAGGAGAACCUGAGCAGAGUGCUGGAGGCCCUCUGGGAGCUGCUGCUGCAGGCCAUUCUGCAGGCACUGGGUGCAAACCGCGACGUCUCUGCCGACUUCUACGGCCGCUUCCACUUCACGCUGGAGGCCCUGGUCAGUGUUUUCCAUGCUGAGGGUCAAGGUCUGCCCCUGGAGAGCCUGAGGGAUGGAAGCUACAAGAGGCUGGAGGAGGAGCUGCGCCUGCACAAGUGCUCCACUCGCGAGUGCAUCGAGCAGUAUUACCUGGACAAGCUCAAGCAGAAGUCCCUGGAGCAGAACCGGUUCGGGCGCCUGAGUGUCCGCUGCCACUACGAGGCGGCUGAGCAGCGGCUGGCGGUGGAGGUGCUGCACGCCGCUGACCUGCUCCCCUUGGACGCCAACGGCCUGAGCGACCCCUUUGUGAUCGUGGAGCUGGGCCCUCCACACCUCUUCCCGCUGGUCCGCAGCCAGAGGACCCAGGUCAAGAGCCGGACGCUGCACCCCGUGUACGACGAGCUCUUCUACUUCUCUGUGCCUGCAGAGGCGUGCCGCCGCCGUGGCGCCUGCGUGCUGUUCACGGUCAUGGACCACGACUGGCUGUCCACCAACGACUUUGCUGGGGAGGCGGCCCUUGGCCUGGGCAGCAUUGGCGGCGUCGCACGGCCCCCAGUGGGAGGGAGCAUGAGGGCCGGGCAGCCCAUCACCCUGCACCUGCGCCGGCCCAGAGCCCAGGUGAGGUCUGCACUGCGGAUGCUUGAAGGCCGUGCCAACAAGGAGGCACAGGAGUUUGUCAAGAGACUCAAGGAGCUGGAGAAGUGCAUGGAGGCGGAUCCCUGAGCACCCCCGUGGCCGCCAGCCCCAGGCCCUCCUCAAGUCGCUGUGGUGUUUUUUAGCCCUGUGGUCAGCUUUGUGCAGCCAGGGCUCGCGGCGCCCCUUGCCCUGCUGCGUGGCAUGCAUGCUGUGGCUGGACCCCCCAGCCCGUCUGCCUGGCUGUGUCUGUGUGGUGUGUGCUGUGAACCCCUUGGGCCCAGCAAGCCUCGCCCCACCCUGGAUCUAGGCGGCUGAUUCAGUGGGGCCUGGCCAGCACCUGCCCCCGCUGGACGCAGAGCAGAGUGGGCCUGGCCACCAGCUUCAUUGGCAGGGCUCCGAGGCAGGACCCAGAGCCAGGCCGUGUUAGAAGUGCUGGGAGAGAACCUGGACAGAGUCCAGUCCUGCUGGCAGCUGCAAGGGGCCGAGGCCACCAGGCCUGCCUGUGUUCCCACGAGUUCCGCCGCCAUCUCUAGAUUUCCUUAUCACUCCGCCUCGAAAAAUACACGUGUCCGCAACCUUCA